AUGGACGAAACACAAGAAUUGCAGCUGGUCAACGCGGUGGAUCUGCGGAUCACAAUGGCCAAAGAGGACAAACUGGGCGAGACGAUCGGCGUCUAUCUGGUGCCUCUGUUGACCAAGCUGGCGUCCAAAAACGUGUCAGUGCGACAAAAGGUGGUUGAAAUGUGCCAGCAUAUCAACACGCGAAUCAAGAACACGACAUUCAAGUUGCCUGUCGACGCCUUGGUCAAACAGUUUGUCGAGAGUGACAGUGAACUUAUCAGAAAUUUCGAUCUCAUGUACAUUGAAAUGGGUAUUGCCAGAAUGGGUGAUGAUAAAUCUACCCUCAUCAUUCCCCUUAUCUCCUCAAUUUCCACCCUCUCCUACAACCACUCCAAAGCGGUCUUCCGCAUCCUACUUAAACUCCUCCCCUUCAUGACCUACCCUCCCCGAGGAUCCACUGAAGCAGACAAGUUUCGUGAAACCCUUGACGUCAACGACAACGACAUUGCGUACCUCGCUCUUCGCUUCACAGACGUGUUCAAUUUCUCUGCCACCAAGAGAACCGGAAUGACCAUCAGAGAAUACGAGUUUCUGUCAGCCGAAGAAUGCACCACUGCCGUCAAGAGUCACCUGCUCAAAUUCAUUAGUGCGUUGUUUACAGACACAGAGUCGUACAUUCCUCUGUUGUGUGCGUCUACAGACGGCAGUUCAGCCAUUGGAGAGCCAGCUAACGACGCCUGGAAGAAACUCCAGGUAGAUUUGGAGUCCGAGAUGCUUACUAACCAGCUCUAUCAGCUUCUCCUCGGGUACAAUGGAUCUUCCCCUGUGAAGCAAACGACUCAGGCAAAGAUUCUCGCGGCUCUGUGUCAUUCGGUGCAUGCUGCCAACGUCGAUGACGCCUUCAGAGCCAUCCAGUACUUCACCCAGACUGAUUUCUACUCUCGAGCUGCAAUCAUCCAGUUUGUUAAUUGGAUUGUGAAGCAUUCCAAUGAAGAGCUGUUUUUGCGCCACUCUGGAGACCUUCUCGAGCGUGUUACUCACCUUGGAAACGAUGCCAAGACCGCCGAGUCAGCACAGGAGCUCAUGGGCGGUAUCCUGCGUCGAGACUCUCGUCUGCUGAGUAACAUUUCUCACGUGACGUUCCUAUUUGACCGGAAAGCAGGUGACUCUUUGUCAGAGCUCAUCAAUCCGCUGGCAAAGUACCCCGAGACAGCUGAGAAACUGAUUCCCCACCUGUCUCGGUACAUCAGCCACCAGGCGACUCAAUUUAUGGCUGCUAAGUACGCAACUCGAGUCUUCCCCUAUUCAAGCGCUCAUGCGCGCUUCCUUUGUCUUGUUGGCCUUACUUUUGGCCGGACAGACAUGCUUGAGGAGUGUAAUCGGGGACUGAACCCUUACUGGAUGCGAGCUGUUAAUGUUCCAUACAUCACCAGCCAUGAUUCGCUCGACGUGAUCAAGGGAACUUCGGAUUCGGACAUUUUCCAGUUUCCCGAUGUGUUUGAGUUAUGUAAACUGAUCCACGAGUCGAAAUUUGAUCUCAAAAAGGCCGCAGAGUGGAUGUUUCCCUACCUGGUUCGGUUAACUGUGGCUACAGCUAUCCAGGGUCAUGACACUGUUUGUGUGGUUGAUGAACAGUGGGAAACACGUGUGGAUGAAGCUCUGAAGAGUGAUGAUCACGUGAGAAAGCUCGUUAUUGAGUAUCUGAGCAAGACCGACAUUUCUCCUAUUCUAGAUAUCAUUUCCACUCAUCAGACCUUCUCCACUCUUCCUGAAGUGUCACUGGAGCUCUACUAUUCCCUGGUUUCUCUGUCUACCAAGUCAUACAAUGUCUUUGAUGCCAACAACAGCGUGGUUCAGCUUGCUCUGACCUCUCCCUACUACAAGAUUCAGUCCCACGCUGCUCGUGUGAUUGGCCUGGAGCAGAGCGAAGAGGUGGCUCAUAAUCUAAUUGCUCAGUGUUUCAACCACGUGCCAAAGAACGUUGAUGGACCCAUUCUCGUUUUUUCCAACCUGGUUUCUUUCCUGUCUGAGUCAGACAUCUCCUCCGCGCUGGAGAUUUGUUCCACUCAUAUCGAUAUGGAGUCCGUUCAGACUUUCUUGAGUGAGAUGAAACUGCACAGAAUCUCUCUCGACAACUGGAGCCGUCUCGAUGAUGUCAAAAAGAAGACUCUGGUCAAGCCCACCGAGCAUUCUGUGCUUGCAUUUGCUUAUCUCAACUUGGACAGUCCUGAUUUUGAGUCCAAUGUUGAUAAGAUCUUUGCCAUUGAGUCAAAGCAGAUGGAUUUUGCCUUCUUCACCGGUGAGGCACUUUGUGUGCUUGCUGCUGGGUGGGAGACUAAGUUCGUCAAGCGAAAGAUGUGGAAGAUUGCAGAUAAGCUGCCUGUGAGUUCCCUGGCAGAGGAGCGAGUGAGCCAGCUGACUACCAGACUGAUCAACAUGGCAAAGACGGUGACCAAGCCUUCUCUGCGGAAGAGUACCGCCAUAUGGCUUCUUUCUGUGGUCCAGUACUGUGGUCAUAUGAUCCAUGCCCUUCUUCCUCAGUUGCAGCUUGCUUUCAUGCGAUUUUUGCCUGAAAAAGACGACAUUGUCCAGGAGGCUGCUUCCCGAGGAUUGUCUCUUGUUUUCGAGCAGGGAGACUCUCGAUUGCAGAAGGAUCUGGUUGAGAAUCUUGUCUCCUCAUUCGUCACCGAUAAGUCGUCUCACAACCAAAAGGUGCAUCAAGAAACCGAACUUUUCGAGCCUGGAGUUCUCAAUACCAACGACGGAUCGAUUUCCACUUACAAGGAUAUUCUUUCGCUUGCUUCUGAAGUCGGAGAUCCCUCUCUCGUGUACCGAUUCAUGUCUCUGGCUAAUCACGCGUCUCUCUGGUCCUCCAGAAAGGGCAUUGCGUUUGGUCUGGGUAACAUCUUUGCCAAGGCUUCGCUCGAACAGCAGCUGGCCGACAACCCUGCUCUUGGAAACACUCUCAUUCCCAAAUUGUACCGGUACAAGUUUGAUCCUAGUACUGGACAAGUCAUGGCCAACAUUUGGAAGAUGUUGAUUGGCGAGUCUUCCACUAAGACGGUGAAUUCCCAUUUCGAGAGCAUCCUCAAGGAGCUGCUCUCUUCCAUUUCUUCCAAGGAGUGGCGAGUUCGACAGGCUUCUUCGGCUGCUCUUUUGGACCUACUUCAGGGUAGACCCAUCUCUCAGUAUCUCGAUCAUUUGUCCGAAAUAUGGACAGCUUGUUUCCGAGUCGUUGACGAUAUCAAAGAGAGUGUUAGAACUGCCGGUCUUGGUCUCACACGUGGCCUGACUACUGCUCUUGUUCGGUCUCUGGAAAGUGACUCCAUUUCAGACGCUACUGCAAAGCAGGUGCUGGACCAGAUUAUUCCUUUCCUGCUCGGAAACUCCGGUCUGCAAUCGUCAGCUGAAGAGGUCCAGCAUUUCUCUCUGGAUGUGUUGCUUCAGCUGAUCAAGAAGGGCGGUUCUAGACUGAAGCCUUUUAUUCCAGAUCUUCUCUCCGAGUUUGUAGAGUUGUUAUCCACCCUCGAACCGCAGGCAAUGAACUACAUUGCUCUAAACGCCGACAAAUAUGGAACGACUGCCAACGACAUUGACUCGUCGCGCCUGGCUGCUGUGCGUCACUCCCCCAUGAUGGACUCCAUUGAGGAGAUUAUCGACCUCUGUGACGCCGAUCUGAUGAAGAAGAUUGUUCCUAAGCUGACUCUGUCAAUAAGAAAAUCGGUUGGGUUGCCCUCCAAGGUUGCUGGUUCGCGAAUCAUUGUUACCUUGACUAUUAGAAAGACCCAGCUGUUCAAACCCUACGCUGGUCCACUUCUCGUCAAGUCAGCCAUUCCCAGCAUUUACGAUCGAAACGAGACUGUGUCCAGAUCGUACCUUGCUGCCUGUGGCUACCUGUGUCGUUUGGCGGACGACGAAUCCGUUCUGAGCUACAUUACUGAGUUGCAGAACCUGUACUUUGGAGAAAUCCAAAAAGGUACUCUUGAACGAGCUCGAAUCUCAGCUGCUAUUGGAGUGAAGGAGAUCGCUGCUCAUGCCGCUGACAAGUUUGACUCGUUGUCAGCCUCCUUGUUGCCCCUCAUAUUUGUAGGCAAACACGAUUCAGAUCCUGCUGUCCAGGAUGUGUUUACCAACAUUUGGAAUAACAACACUGGAGGCAAAGGGGCCAUUUCUCUGCACAUUAAGGAGAUUAUCGCUCUGGUUUCGCCCCAUUUGUCUUCUCAGCAGUGGAACAUCAAACAGAUUGCUGCUACUUCCAUUGCAGAUGCUUGCAAUUCUGUGGGUAAAAACGUUCUGAAUGAUGAGCUCUUCGAGGUGAUGAUCUCUGCUUGCCAGGGUAAGAGCUGGACUGGGAAAGAGGCUGUGUUUGACGCUCUUGUCUCUCUGGCCAUCAAGUUCAACCUCCACGAUGCCGUUGUUGAUAAGGUGGUGACCACUGAAAUCAAGCGAAAGAACCGAGAGUACCAGAUUCUUGCGCUCAAGUCUGCGUCUAGGUAUCUCGGCCACUUCCCAUCGAAGCAGCUGUUUGAUAUUUUCUCUGACAUUUGUUCUCUUUACCUCCUCUCCAAGUCGGACUUAGAAGACGUGGAUAUGGAUUCUGAUGAUGAGGAGGAGCUCCUUAAAUCCCAGAGUGAGGACAGAAGAAACGCCAUUCUGGGCACUGCUAUCAGAGCUCUGUCGAUUGAGAGCACCGACGAGGACGUUUCUUUCCUGUCAUCCUACUUUUCUCAGGUUUCCGAGUGGAUCCAGCUUGCUUUGACUCCUCCCAAGAAUCUGAACAAGCUGGCCACUAAGAAGUCUGUAGAUCCUACAUGGAAGACAAAGUUGUGUAUUUCGCAGGCUCUGUAUUCCGUUGUUAUUGGUUUCUUCGGCCAGGAGAAGCCUGCUGGGUUUGAGAAGCAGUUCCUGGAGAUUUGGACCCUGGUUGCUGAUACUUGUUUGCUGACUACUAAUUUGGACAAAACCAAGGUGGAGGUGUGUAAACUUGGGCAGGCUGUUUUGAACUCGAAGAUGAGUGAUGCAAGUAAGGAGAAGGUGAGAGAGGUGCUGGUAUUGGCGGAGGAGCAUGAGCAGUCGUUGAUUGUCAAGGCUGAGCUCGGGAGAGUUCUGAAGAGCAUCUGA